AUGAAUUUUGAUUCGGAAUCCCUAGAUGAUUUCGGCUCACAAGAAAGUUUAAGUUCCAAAAACUCCAAACUGCCGGGACAAUUUGAUUCAAGAAAUCCAAGAAUUCAACCAAUCACAUCACCUUCUGGUGUGAAUACAUUGAAUGAUUUUAAUGAUUCGUCCAAUGUUUCAAUUUCGUCUGAUGAAUAUGAUAGAAAUGAGGUAUUCUUGAAUCAAUCCUUGGAUAAAUCAUUAGAUGAAUCUGAUUCUAGAGAUGAUUCUUUGUACCUUCCUUCACCAAACUUAUCAAGAAACUCCACCACUUCGUGUUUAUCGACCACUGCCACUAAAGAUGGUGUUGAAGGAAGAAAAUUACAUAGAAAUGGACCAAAUCCUUAUUCUAAUCAACUAAUUGCCAAUAUGAUCAAGAAUCUCGAUGAUAAAAAACUAGCUGCUGAUGAAAAGCAAUUAAGAGCCAUGAAUGAUAAAUGA